ACUCCGAAACGUACAUUUCAGCACGCAUUAUUGAGCCACCCAACCCCACAGCUCAAUGUCACUGCACGUACAUUUUCUGCACUGUAGCUUGAGAUCCGAAGAGGUUCUUUUCUUCCACUCAUCAAAUUCACCUGAUACGCACGUCAACUAAACUUUUGCACUAAGAUCUAGCAGCGAAAUUUUUGAUCGACAUUUCUGCGUCGUUGUUGGAAUUAUACGUACAUUUUCUGAUUUUCAGGUUCAGUAGAUGUCUGUUCGUGUUACAAAUACUGCUGGUUUGCUAAGAAAAUGGCAUGUUCAUCAUCUAUCAAACAAUGAAUAGCAACGGUUGAGUUAGCAAUACCUCAACUCUGUCUAGAACUCUUCUAGAGUUCAAAUACUUAAGUCUUGACGAAGUUUGGUCAGCUAGAACUCCCUGACGUGAUUGCUUACGGGAAACUAAAUAGAUACAAUGGUCAGCAAACAACAUUUGUUGACCUACUUGUAUCUUUUGGUCUACAUAUUGUUGUCCUCAGGAGUUAUUUUGUACAACAAGUGGGUUCUCUCGCCAAAAUAUUUCAACUUCCCAUUUCCAAUAACGCUUACCAUGAUUCAUAUGGGCUUUUCAAGCUUGGUUGCAUUUUUUCUAAUACGCGUUUUCAAGAUUGUAGCACCCGUCAAGAUGACGUUUGAAAUAUACGCCACAUGUGUGAUUCCUAUCAGUGCAUUCUUUGCAUCAAGUCUCUGGUUUGGGAAUACUGCUUAUUUGUUUAUAUCCGUGGCCUUCAUCCAGAUGCUCAAAGCCCUAAUGCCAGUGGCUACAUUUCUCAUGGCUGUUAUUUGCGGAACUGACAAGUUAAGAUGUGAUGUAUUCUUGAACAUGGUCUUGGUCAGUGUUGGCGUAGUUGUAUCCUCCUAUGGUGAAAUCCACUUCAACAUUGUGGGUACAGUAUACCAGGUUACAGGAAUAUUUGCUGAAGCUCUUAGAUUGGUCUUAACCCAAGUUCUACUCCAAAAGAAGGGCUUAACACUCAAUCCCAUCACGAGCUUAUAUUACAUUGCUCCCUGCAGUUUUGUUUUUCUCUUUGUUCCUUGGUGUCUUCUGGAGAAGUCUGAAAUGGAAGUAUCACAGAUCCAAUUCAAUUAUUGGAUAUUCUUCUCAAAUGCACUUUGCGCCCUGGCUUUGAAUUUCUCAAUUUUUUUGGCGAUUGGUAGAACUAGUGCAGUAACCAUGCGAGUAGCUGGUGUCCUAAAAGACUGGAUACUUAUUGCCCUUUCAACAGUUAUUUUUCCUGAAUCAACAAUCACCAAUCUAAAUAUCAUUGGCUAUGCAAUUGCCUUGUGUGGUGUUGUCAUGUACAACUACUUGAAGCUCAGGGAUGUCCAUUUAUCACAGACUUCUGUAGAGAGUAUUGCAGAACGAGUAGCGAAGGACCUUAAGAUGGAAAAGAAGUCAUCUGAUCUGUACGUCCCUGAUGACCUAAUGAACGAUAGCAGUGGAGGCAAGACCGGCUGGAAUGCUUCCCCCCUGGAUUUACACGGGGACGAAGAAUCACCUCUAGUUCCUUCUUCUAGGGUUUCUCAUCUGGGGCGAAACCAACUAAGCAUCCACAAAGCAUGAGUCAAAUUAUUAUCUCUUGUGGCUUCGCUGUCAUUUUAGAGUGAAUUUACAUGUUAGAAAAGGUGAAACAGUGGAUAAGAUCAGGUCUGAAACAUACAUCCAUCUCUUUCUGUGAAAUAUUACCAUUCUUUACUGAGCGUGAUGCGAUCGAUAUUUUUCUCUGAUUCGUUGGAAAUGUAGUUAAAGCAUGUAAUGAAAUUUUAGUGUGUUUUGCAUGGUUCUUUGGUAUCUCUAAACUCAUUAUACUAUUUUCGAGGAUUCGCAGAAUUGCAAUAGAGGACAGCUAACAGGUUUAUAGUC